CUUUCAGUUGUCUGCGAUAUCUUGAAGGCUCGCAGUCCAGUCUUAUAUUUCAAGUAAAUUAUAAUACUUAAAUAUGGAGGAAAUAAGUUAUUUGUUAAAGUGCUCAGUGAAUGAACAAUUGCAUUUAAACAGGACACAGUUUUUGACAAAUGCAUCUUUAAGUAUUCCUAGUGUUACUCUGCAAGUUACUAAAACAGUUGGACUUGGGGCCAUUGUUGGUUUGCUUUUAGUUACAGUGGCUAACUUCAUAUUUAAUCAAAAGUUUCGUGCCAUUUUCUCUGCACCAUCGUGGAAAAACGAUAAAAAUUUCGGAAACUUAAACGCAAAAACUCUACCCAGAUCUAUAACCCUAAUUAUCUUAGCGUUAAUGCUGCCAUUAAUAAUAGCGUUUCUGCUCUUAGCAUUAGUGUACAAACUUGCGUGUGCUGUGAUUAUCAAGAACAAAGACAAAUAUUUCGUUGGAUUCCUCGACAGUUUCGAUGUCUUCUGGAGUUUGGAAGACGAUACCACGAAGAGUGUCAUAAGCGUUCUGGGAGUCAUAGAGUCUGACUCACCUACGGCUCUAGUUCUUAAUAUCAAACACAAGUUACUGAAUAUUUUUUCCAAUAAAGCCACAGAUAAAUUAUUCUUCAGGAGAAGUGAAGAAUAUGGAUUUUACUACUGGAGACGCUACAGCAGUAUCGAUAUAAAUCAGUAUGUUGAAAUGAUUGAUUUUCCAAAAAAACCUGACAUGCUCAAUACCGAAGACUUAGAAAUCUUAAUGUCUGAUAUAUCAAAUCAAUCGCUGCCGUACAAUGAUGAGGCGUUAUUUAAAAUAUUGGUGACCAAGCAGAGGGUCAGUAAUUAUGGCCAAGAGAGAGGUGAAUACGGUAUUGUAUUCAGAAUCCACCAUUCAGUUGGUGACGGAGUUGCUUUGAUUGAGUUUCUUUGCAAAACAUUAGCUGAUGAUAAAAACGAUUGCGCAUUUAACAUGUUUUCAAAUGCUGAAAAGUAUAACACUAGAAUCCGGGACUCUCCAAAGAAUUUAAUAGAUAUGAUGGAGAAAUUAUUAGAAAUGCCAAUUUGCUUUGUAGAUGGGAUUAUUCGGAAACCAGAUGAUAAUUCCCUACACGGGCCAGUAUUGUUUGGUAAAAAAAUAUUUAAGUGGACAGAAUCUGAUGAAAAUUUGUUAACAAUGGUAAAAGAAAUCAAGGACAGUGUAGAUAACAUGAAAUUUACAGAUGUUUUAGCGUCAGCUUUAUCAAGUGGCUUGCACAAAUACUUUUCAAAGACAAUGACCCACAUUCCAAUGGACGUAGCAGUUGUGUUGCCGGUUAGAUUUCCUCCAUCCACAAUAGUUGUCAAUGGUCUGGUUUUGGAAAACGAUUUUAGCGUGACCAUACUGGAUUUACCGGUGAACACGUGCAAAAGGGAAGAAGUUCAAGAACGUUGCGAUGAGCUGCGCAGAAGUGCUGACCCUUUGACUAACUAUUACCUCCUCAAGAUCUUCAACAGUGUUCUACCCAAGCAAGUACUGCUGCCCGUAUUCAACAGCAGCCAAGCAACCAUGGUGUUUAGCAACCUGCCUGGGCCGGCACGUCUAAACAUUUGCGGAGGCAAUACCCUCAAGAAACUGGUGUUCUUUGUGCCAUUGAAAGGGAAUACUGGUCUAGGAGUGACUGCGCUCUGCUACGACGGCAUUCUCCGGUUCGGUGCCGUGGCUGACUCAGCGCUGGUCUCCAGCCCCGAUCAGCUGGCCAUCAUUCUGGACGGCAUGGUGGAAGAGAUACAGAGGAUGCACCAGAUGGUGCGAUAGAGGGGGAGAGGGGAAAAGGGGGGUGUAACGGCUUGCUGUGGCUUCUCAGUACAAGGAUGGAGACAGUCAACACUGGCCGUUGUGGAUCUACCUCGACUAGUAUAAGCUUUCAUAUUGGAUUUAAAUUUAAAAAUGUAACGUUAACGUAAAUUAUCAUAAUUCGCUAUAACACUUUCGUAUGCCUUGUCCCGUAACGUCCCAGAUAAUUUGGACUGUAAUUUACAAUUUCAUGGUUUAUUCAGUAGCAUAUUUUGACAAGGGCAUGCGAAGGGUUAAUUUUUUGGUAGCAGACAAUAUAGUUGUUUGUUUUACAGGAGGCCAAAGUUGUUGUUUAACCAUGUUAACCCUUUGAACGCCUAAAACCCCUAAAGGCGUUGUUACUAGUCGUGCCCACGCCGCCAAGGAUAACUACAGGGUCUAUAGGUGUCAUGACGUACGCUGUCAAAGUAACCUUCACACUUUCAAUAAGAUUUCUCGCUGGCUGGUUCGAAAAGUGGAAAUUUGAGCAUUGCAAGGGUUUAGAGGUACGAGACUUAAACAAAUUGUGACACCGAGUGAAACACAAUAUUUUUCACCACAUUCAAGGAAAAUACUAACUGUAAAGCAUCAAACAAAAUAAAACCAAAAAUAAUCCAAAUGAACGUUAUCAUUUAAAGUAAAUUCUACCAGCAUCUUAUGUUAGCUGGUAUAACACAAAAUUUGCAUCUAAUUACUUUGUCACUCUCACUCCUCAUGUGGCUCAAAUGCAAAAGCCAUAGUCGGGUUCCCAUAGUAAAUAGUGACAGCUUUUGACUUAUUAUUUUUUGAUUUUUUUUCUUUAAUGUAUUGUAUUUCGAGAUGUAUUCAAGCGAUUUGCUUAAAAUUUUUAAAUGAUGUUUUUUUAUUUUAGUUCUAUAUGCAUCGAAACUCAAAACACGAAUAGCAGCUGUCAUAUAAAAAAUAAAAGUAUGUAAAAAAAAGAAAAAAAUAAGACAAAAAAUUAAAUCAUUUUUUUAUGUGGCUGUGAAGUAGUGACAUCUCUUUUUUUUUCAAGUUAUAGACCAUACAUUGGCCUACUACUUGCCUAAAUAACAAAAUUUUCCAGGCGAUACUUCCUACCGAAAAUCAGCAAAAUGUGUGGUCAACUUCUGUAUAUAUAUUUUUGUCUUUUUUUUUCUUUUUUUUAUAUGACAACAACUGCUAUUCGUUUUUUGAGUAUCGAUGCAUAUCUAAAUAAAGAAUAUCAUUUUAAAAUUUCAAGCAAAUCGCUUGAAUACAUCUCGAAAUACAAUACAUUAAAGAAAAAAAAUCAAAAAAUCAUUAGUCAAAAACUGUGACUAGUAGGAUGACUUAGCAUAAAUAUCCUACACCAUAAGAGGUACUCACAAAAAAAUCCCUGAGUCAAAUUGAUUUAAGGGCCGACUUACUAUGGAAACCCGACUAUGGCCUUUCUCAUCACUUUUUGAACAAUCAAGACCUUUACGAGCUGGUGUGGUGAAAAUAUUUUUCCACGUCCAAUGAAAUUUCCAAUAAUAUAAUAAACAACUUCAUAGCUUUAUUUGUGAAAUUUGUAAAUAAGGAUAUAUUUUAUUCAAUGAUAACAAA